GUCACUUGAAUGAUCUGAUCCAUCGUACUGUGGCAUCUAAUAAAGGUCAUGGACAAGUAGGAUACUAUAUGUUCACCUCUUGACAGCUCUUCUUGCCAACAUUCAUUACUUCAAUACACACAUCUACAGCAUCUCAUCAAGUGAACGAUUGCAUCAUUCUUGCACAUCUUCCAACUAUAUCCCUUUGUCCUCUGGCUGUCUCAUUUCACCCCAAUCUUCUCGGCAUCUCAUAGCUUCUUCCCCCUUCCCCUCUGCUCGUGCAGUCUCCCCCAGCAAGAUGCUCCAUCCUCACCCCCCAGCUCCAAGAAACAACCGUGCACAUGCAAGAGCACCUAGAGCACCUAGAGGUCACUUUCAAUCAGCUCUGCAUACACAGUCUCUUGUACAAUCUCAGCCUUUCUCCCGAGGUCAACAGCACCAUCAUUUGAACUCCCGCGGAGGACAACCACAUAUCUACCAAAGUCAGAGAGGUCGUUCUAGAGGACAAAUGUAUACAGCCAACUUUCAGCCAUCAUGGGGAGCACACAACAGUAACGGAGCUCCCGGCCGUAGUCGUUCCAACUACAGAGGCCGCAGAUCCAGGAAGAAAUUUCCAGCCAAUACUAGAAUUCAAAACUCUAGACAUCUUACUACAAUGUCUACAGCUCCAUAUUUCAACAUCAAACGUCAAUCUUCGGGUUCGACUGAAGGAAAAGCAGUAGCUCAUACACCCUCGCCAUUCCAACGGCUCCCACCGGAACUUCGAGACCAAAUAUAUGGCCAUAUAUUUGAGUCUCACCGUGUCGAGCUCAUACGAAGAAGCGAGAAGGAUCCGACUAAACACCCAAAGAGAGUGUAUUACCGCCUUUAUCACAACCCCCUUCGAUCGCGCGAUCCCAUCACACAGCAAAUCCAGGACCCCUGUCGGAAAAGUCAACUCCCUGUGCCCAUAGCACUGGUUUUUACAUGUCGCAGUAUCUAUUGCGACACCCUUUGGUGGCUGUACUCCACUACCCAAUUUGUCUUUACUUCGACGAGGACUAUGAAUCGCUUCUUUAACACCAUCCCCUCGGAAGUACAGCCUGCCAUUCGACACGUCGAGAUUAACCAGGAAAUGCACAGUGAACCAAGUUUAACCGAGCAUCGUAUCCACAAGGUCCGAAGUGACUGGGCUUUCACAAUGGCGUGUGAGAAUUUGGUGAGGUGCUGCUCAGGACUGCAAGUCUUGUACAUUUAUUUCCGCAUCCGUGACUGGCCCAUGAGCCUCGAGAUCGGCGAAACAUGGUCAUUGCCAAUGAUGGCCUUUGCGGAAUACAAAGGUAAAGGUGGCUUGGACGUCGUGACCAUCAAUCUCGAUAUGCCGAGAUUUGGGGUACAGAAGUUGAAGAAUAUGGCUAAAACCCUCGAGAAAAGAUUUAUGAAGCCUGAGGCGUUUCAGAUCAGGGAGGAUGAGCGACUGGCUAGAGAGUUAAGUUGCUCUUUCAUGGAAUUGCGGGUAGAUGGAAAUGACUGAUAUCUCUCUUUCGUUCAUGUCCUGGCCAGUUUGAUAGAGGAGAUGAAGACUAAUCCGGUAUGUUCGAAGGGUGGGGGAGGAUUGAUCGUUGAUAUUCGUUUCUUUUUCUUUCCUUCCUUCCUUCCUUCUUCCUUCUUCGAGUUACUACUCAUUUAUGGUUUCAUGGGAUAAACCCAAUAUGUUUCUAUGAUACGUUUUCUUUUCUCAAUACCCUAAAC